UGAAUAUUGCUCAAGGCGAAUUUCCCAAAUCUUUUUGGGGCGAGAGACUUAGAGAGACAUGAAGAACUUCGACAAGGGCAUAGAGGAGUAUGGAGCCGCCUUCACCGUCUACCACAAGGGCAAGCAGGUGGUGAACCUGUGGGGAGGAUGGGCCGACAAGCGAGCCUGCGUGAGGUGGCAGAAAGACACGAUGGCCGUCUCCUUCUCCGCAACGAAAGGCUGUGCUGCCCUCUGCGUCGCCAUCCUCGUCGACCAGGGCUACCUCUGCUACGACGACCAGGUCACCAAGUACUGGCCGGAGUUUGAGAAGCACGGCAAAGACGACGUCACCGUCAAACAGCUGCUGUCUCACCAGGCGGGCCUCGCGCAGGUCGACCAGCCGCUGACGCUUGAGAUCAUGAAGGACCGCGACGCGAUCAGCUCGGUGCUGGAGGACCAGUCUCCGCUGUGGCUCCCCGGCACGGCGCACGGCUACCACAUCCUCACACACGGAAUGCUCAUCGACCAGCUGCUCCGACGCGUCGACCCGAAGAAACGCACCGUCGGCCAGUUCUUCAAGGACGAAGUCGCCGAGAAGUUCGUGACGGUGGGGUAA